CGUUUCUCCGGUGAGAGAGAAAGUAGCAGCCUCGGCAUCGUGGGGAGAGAUGAGGCGUCGCUACAGCUGCAGUAGCCGUGUGCUUGUGUGUCUGGUGCUCGUGUGCUCAUGCUUCGAAGCAUCUCUUGUUCAGGCUCAGCAAGCAGCAAGCACUGAUCCAAUCGAAGUGGCGGCGCUGAACACCAUCCUGGGGAGAUGGGGCAAGAAGGCGACGCGGUCGCCGGCGGCGUGGAACAUCAGCGGCGAGCCCUGUAGCGGUGCCGCCGUCGACGGCACCGAGCUCGACGGCAACUACAAGUUCAACCCGGGCAUCACGUGCCUCUGCUCCUUCGACAACAACACCGUCUGCCACAUCACCAAGCUGAGGGUAUACGCAUUGAACGUUGUCGGUCAGAUACCUUCAGAACUGCAGAACCUCACCUACCUAACUUACCUGAACCUGGAUCAAAAUUACUUGACAGGUCCAAUUCCAUCAUUCAUUGGCCAAUUUUCUGGAAUGCAACACUUGAGCCUGGGAUUCAAUCCAUUCUCUGGACCACUUCCAAAGGAACUUGGGAAUCUCACGAAUCUCAACUUGCUAGGCAUCAGUUUGGACAAUUUUAGUGGUGGACUUCCUGAAGAACUUGGCAACCUGUCCAAACUUGAGCAAUUGUACACUGAUAGCAGUGGCUUAAGUGGUCCCUUCCCUUCGACAUUCUCAAAGCUUAAGAAGCUGAGGAUUCUGCGGGCAUCGGAUAAUGACUUCACAGGGAAAAUGCCUGAUUAUUUGGGGAGUUUGACAAAUUUGGAAGAUAUGGCAUUCCAAGGAAACUCUUUUGAGGGCCCGAUUCCAGCAAGUUUGUCUAAUCUAACCAGGUUGACAAACCUAGCGGUCGGUGAUAUUCUAAGCGGAAGCUCUUCGUUGGCCUUCAUCAGUAAUCUGUCAUCUUUGAGUACCCUCAUACUGAGGAACUGCAAGGUAUCUGGUAAUCUUGGAGAAGUUAAUAUUUCUAAGCUUGCAAAUUUAAUAUUGCUUAACAUUGCUGUCCUACGGCACAGGGACUUGAGCUUUAAUAAUAUCACAGGCCAAGUUCCUCCAUCAAUUCUUACGCUCGACAAACUUGAAUUCCUGUUUCUUGGGAACAAUAGCCUUACAGGAAGCCUGCCUGAUGUGAAAAGCCCUUCAUUAAAAAAUUUAGAUUUUUCAUACAACCAGCUCACCGGAAGCUUUCCUUCUUGGGCUACUGAGAGCAAUUUGCGUCUGAAUUUGGUGGCAAACAACUUUGUUCUUGGUAGUACCAACAACAGUAUUCUACCUGCAGGACUAAACUGCCUCCAGCAAGACACUCCUUGUUUCCUUGGUUUUCCAGAGUAUUACUCCUUUGCGGUUGACUGCGGCAGCAAUAGUUCUAUGACAGGGUCAGAUAAUACCUUCUACGAUGUAGAUUUUACAGACCUUGGGGCUGCAUCAUAUUACGUCACCGGUCAAACAAGAUGGGGUGUCAGCAAUGUAGGAAAGUUCAACCAGGCCCCAAAUGGAAGUAACAUAAUAUAUAGCUCCAACCAGCAGUUUCAGAAUGCAGAGGAUACAGAACUGUUCCAAACUGCAAGGAUGUCAGCAUCGUCGCUGAGAUACUACGGCCUUGGACUUGAGAAUGGAAAUUACACUGUUGUGCUACAAUUUGCAGAAACUGCUUAUCCCGACACACAGACUUGGCAAAGCCUAGGAAGGAGAGUCUUUGACAUAUAUGUCCAAGGUUCCCUUAGAGAAAAGAACUUCAAUAUAAGGAAGACGGCUGGUGGAAAAUCUUUUACUGCAGUUAGCAAGAGUUACACAGCAACUGUGUCGAAAAACUUCCUUGAGAUCCAUCUCUUCUGGGCUGGCAAGGGCACUUGCUGUAUCCCUACACAAGGUUACUAUGGGCCAAUGAUCUCAGCAUUAAGCGUUACUCCAAAUUUUACUCCAACUGUGCGAAAUGGUGUACCGAAAAAGAAAAGCAAAGCUGGUGCAAUUGUUGGAGUAAUGAUUGGUGCAUCAGUUUUAGGAUUAGCAGCCUUAUUUGGAAUAUGUUUAUUCACAAAAAGGAGAAGAAGAUUGGCACAACAGAGGCAAGAACUGUACGACAUGAUUGGACAGCCUAAUGUCUUCAGCUACGCUGAACUCAAGUUAGCUACAGAUAAUUUCAACCCUCAAAACAUUCUUGGUGAAGGUGGAUAUGGACCAGUCUAUAAGGGUACGCUAACUGAUGGAAGAGUGAUAGCUGUGAAACAACUUUCUCAGUCAUCUCAUCAGGGGAAAAGACAGUUCGUGGCAGAGGUUGCAACGAUUUCUGCAGUCCAACACAGGAAUCUUGUCAAACUGCAUGGAUGCUGCAUUGACAGUAACACGCAUUUGUUGGUUUAUGAGUACCUUGAAAAUGGAAGCCUAGAUCGAACUCUCUUUGGAGAUAGUAGCAUGAAGCUAGAUUGGUCAACACGCUUUGAGAUUAUUUUAGGCAUUGCAAGAGGCCUAACUUACCUUCAUGAGGAGUCCAGCAUCCGGAUCGUGCACAGGGACAUCAAAGCCAGCAAUGUCCUACUUGACACCAAUCUCAGCCCCAAGGUCUCCGACUUUGGACUCGCCAAGCUCUACGAGGAGAACAAGUCCCAUGUCAGCACGACGAGGAUCGCUGGCACAUUUGGCUAUCUGGCUCCUGAAUAUGCAAUGAGAGGCCAGCUGACUGAAAAGGUCGACGUUUUCGCGUUCGGGGUGGUCGCCCUGGAGGCUGUCUCUGGUCGAUCCAACACUGACAGCUCCCUCAAGGAAAGCAGCAUCUAUCUUUUAGAGUGGGCAUGGGAGCUGUAUGAAGGGAAGCAGCCGCUCCGAAUCCUGGAUCCGAGGCUUAAGGAAUUCGACGCCGAGGAAGCUCUGAGGGUCAUCCAUGUCGCGCUCAUCUGCACGCAGGGCUCACCGCACCAGCGGCCGCCGAUGUCGAGGGUCGUGGCAAUGCUUACCGGAAAAGCUGAGGUGGCAGACGAGGUGGCGAAGCCAAGCUACGUUGUCACUGACUGGCAGCUCAGGGGCGGCGGCAGCAGUAGCUGCACCACCACGAGCAGCUACUGGGGGUCGACGACCACCCCUGAGUUGAGCAGGAUGAAAGAGGCCGACCCUCCCACCCAGUCGCCGACGAUCACCGGAGCAAGUCACCAGAUCGAAGGAAGGUGAAAAAAAAGAGAUGAUCGCUGCUGCUAAAUGUGAUCGGUUUAGGCUAAAAAAAAUGUGAUCGGUUUGAAGUGAUCGAUUUGAACGCUGUUCCUACUACUUACCGAUAUUCUAUCCUUUGUUCCGGUGAUGACAGUGGCGGAUGACCAUGCAUCAUCUCUCUUAAUUCUCAGGUUAUUCCAUUUUAGUUCUGCUAUUGGAGAAGCAUUUUAAUGGUAUAGGAAGGUAGGAUGGUGGAGCCUAGCUUAGCAGCAAAGGAGGCAACGGGCCUGCACAACAAAUGGCAAGUUUGAUUGCUCGAA